CGCUCAGUUCCGUUCUUAUCGCGCACGAGCUCGGAUCGAAGCGUUUUUUACCCCGUACCGGAACCCGCUGUGGGGUUUACUGUUGUGUAUAUCUCUCUGUCUGUGUGAGUGAUUCUGGUGAGUGUAUGAGUGUGUGAAAAUUAAAUUCCCCAAGUCAGUGGUUUUGUGCAGCAGUGAGGCAGCGUGUGACACGGUGAAGUGUAGUGUGAAUCACCCCACCAUCAAGGAAGCAUUCUUCGGUUGCAGAAAGUUUCUUACGCUUUCGGUAAACCACCAACUCUCUAACAAAGAAAAUCCAGUAGCAAACCCCGAAAGGGAGACAAAACGAGAGUCGAGCCUACGGUCGCCUACUAUCCAUAGCAGCUGCUUUCAAUAACCCGCGGAAGCCAUUUACGGGAAAAAUUUGUUAACGAGAAAACAGACGCAACGAUAGCUUGCCGAAACGACGACUCCAGGCACCAUUGCUGUGACAGUUCGAGAAGCUUUAUUCAAUCGAUACUGGGAACCGGUGUGGGAUUGAAGGGUUCACAUUUUUGGUCAUCCUAUCCAAACCCUCUGCUGCAGUAGAGGUGCCAAUUCAUCGUGACAUAACCCAACAAACCCCCCAUCCUAACCUCAGGAACCGGGAGCGAAAGAACGAGCUGAAUGGGACGCUCAACAGUCAGCCAAGCGAACCAACCCUGCCCGGCGCAGGCGAAGAAGUCGAACGAUAAUUGAGUUCCGUCGGUGCACGAUCAAACGGAUUGCUUCUUCGUUUCAUUCGUUUCUCCGGUAAAAGAAAAAUCGCCGAGAAUCACCUCCACCACGCCCAACAAUCACCCAGAAACCCCACACGACCGUUCGAUGCUGGGAGAGUUUCACCGGAUAUUUGAGAAGACUGCUAUCAACGAUGACACAGUGAACUCUUUGCUGCGCCUGGUUGGAAUGCAGUUGAACGGCACGGCCGGCACCGUCACAAUGGCCGCCGCAUCGGAACCGCCCGAGCCGCCACCACGCAAUCCGGACAAAAUCAACGCAUCGCUCAAGCAGCUCGCUGAAUCGAAAACACGCUCACUGGACACAGCCGAUAAAACCGGAGCACCGAGCACGACCAGCAAUGGUGGCCGUCCAUUCCGACCGAUCCUAUCACUUGACAAUGCCAAACCGACCAAACCGUUCGAAGUGCCCGAACGUGGAACACCCACAUCCGCACCGGCCACUUCGUUCGGAAGCACGCCCGGAACCGGAACCGACCAUCAGCCGUCGGUGGCUCCCGAACCCGGGGCCAGCACCAGCGGUAACAAUUCCAACAUCACGCCUAGCGGACAACGACAAUCGAACCAACCACUGUCCAGCUCAUCGUCUUCCUCGGGCGACGCGAUGGCAGCGACAGCGAACGGAACAGCUGCUGAACCUGGUGGCCCAAAUGCUUCGUCCUCCGGUAGCGGUGGUAGCUCGCAGGACAAAGCCAACCACGGUCAGCAGCAAAAGCAAAGCAGUCCAAUUCUCCCCGGGGAAGGCGAUAAUCUCUUCAAGAAUGGUGUUAGCGAUCUAGAAUCACCACAAACGACCAAAAUUCGACUGGAAAACGAGCGAUUGUCGGCUGAGAUUACGCGGUUGAAAAAAUUGCUAGAAAACUCACCCGAUGGUGCGGUCGGUGGAAUUGAUCUGCUUUCGCAAAGCAACAGCUUCGACGUGCACUCGGCCGACGAUAGCAGCAACCGGAUGGAGAAGCUGGAGAACGAACUGCGAAUAUCGAAGGAACUGAUUCAGAGUUUAAAGCUCGAACGCAAAAAGCUGCGCGCCGAUAAAAACGAUCUACUAUCCCAGGUAAAGCAGCUCUGCUCCUCGCUGCAGGAGAAGGAACAGGAGCUGCGCAACUUUAUCCGCAACUACGAGCAGCGAAUACGUGAGUCCGAGUCCAACUCUGCCAAACAAAACACGGAACGGGAGCGAGAAAGAUGGUCCCUGCUAAAGCACGCCCGGGACGAAGCCGAACGAUCAAUUGCACUGGCGGCCCAGCUGAAUGCCCGUGACAUGCAGCUGCAGCGCACCCAGGAACAGCUACAGGAAGCCCGCCGUCAACUGUCGGGCUGUAUGUCGGACCAGGAGAGUCUGGUUUCGGCCGCACCACUAACACCACCCUCGGGACUGAUGGCGCACAAUGCAGCAGCACCGGCAACUACGCCUGGUGUUGGGUAUAGCAACAUCAGCGGGACACCCGGGGACCGUGGAUCGUGCAGUGCCGAUUCGGGUGUGAGAGACUUUGUUGCAGGGAGUAGCGAUCGGGAGAGUGCGGCCGGUGAUCUGAAUUUGAGCGAUGGACCAUGUGAGAAUGGACCUUGCAUACAGGUGGAUUCCGAUAGCGUAUCACUAGUGUCCAGCCAUCAUAAUGUGUAUCAAUACGGUACUCCCAAAGAACGAAGUCCUACCCUAUCGCCACUGAACGCCGGAGCUUACUCGAGGUCUGUAGAUAGUGCAGCCCUUUCUAGCUCUUACAGAUCCGUCGAACAGUUGGGUUCCCCGGUGGACAAUGAAAACCAAACGUUCGCCCGAAGACUGCAGCAGCAACAAUCAGCAGGGGCCGUGUCUGCCACCGGCAAAGCGCAAAGCACGGGCCUUACGGGCCGUGCCGGUCGCGGUGGAACGUGGGGCAGCAUAUCGCGCGUCUUUGCCCGUAGCCGCAACCGCAACAAGAAUGCCCCGAUCGACACCGAAGCGACGGACUUCCAGUGGAGCCCACUGACCGAGGAAGGGUACGCGGAAAAGCUACGACUGCUGCGGGAAGCCUCCUCCAUGCCGAUGGAACGCUGGAGAGCUUCGCAAGUGCUCGCCUGGCUCGAGGUGGCUCUCGGCAUGCCCCAGUACAGUGGCCGAUGUGCGGAGAACGUUAAAAGCGGUAAGGUACUGCUGGAACUGAGCGAUGCCGAGCUGGAAACCGGGCUCGGGACAUCACACCCAAUGCACAGGAAAAAGCUUCGGCUUGCCAUCGAGGAACAGCGACGGCCGGAGCUGGUACGCUAUCCCACCAUCGGACAGCUGGGACACACCUGGGUAGCUUCGGAAUGGUUGCCAGACAUUGGACUGCCACAGUACGCGGAAUCGUUCAUGCAUUCGCUCGUGGACGCUCGCAUGCUGGACACGCUGUCGAAUAAGGAGCUGGAGAAAUAUCUGGGCGUUACCAGGAAGUUCCACCAGGCGAGCAUAGUGCACGGCAUUCAUGUGCUGCGCAUCAUGAAGUACGACCGGCAAGCGAUUGCGAUGCGGCGCCUACAGUCGGAAAACGUAGACACCGAUCCGAUCGUGUGGACCAAUCAACGCUUCAUCCGCUGGGCACGCUCGAUUGAUUUGGGCGAGUAUGCGGACAAUUUGAAAGACAGUGGCGUUCACGGUGGACUGGUCGUGCUGGAGCCUUCCUUCUCCGGUGACACGAUGGCAACUGCGCUGGGCAUACCGCCGUCGAAAAAUAUCAUCCGCCGCCAUCUAGCGACCGAAUUUGAGGCUCUCAUCCUGCCGGCAAGAACGACGAUGGGCCAGGGCAUACGGACGGGCGGUGGUGCGGUAAUACCCAUCGCGAGCGGAAUCAGCAUGAUGGGGCCCACCACGGGCUGUGAUCGCCGUAAUACGGGCAGUUUGCGCUUUGCCGCAUGGAAAGGAUCACAGGGUUCGCUAACCAAAGCCUUCCGGAUGAGCUCCAACUACAAACCGCGGGGCAGCAACGGUGGCGGCGGCGGAAGUGGUGCCGGUUCCGACAAGAACAGCGUCUACAGCUCGACCUCACCGACACCAUCGUUCAGCAGCAGCGAAGGUGGUAUCUAUGCCACGGUCGGUUCACUCCAGACCCAUCCGGCUUUCUUCCAUCAUCUGCCACCACCAACGUCCGCACCGCCACCGAUCCCGGGCGGAUCCUCCUCCGUGGGACUUCGUUCGAUCGAAUCGAUGCCAACGGGGUCGGGCCUAGCGCUGGAGCGUGCGAAUGCGAUCGCCAACAAUCGUGUCAGUGCACCGCCCAUGGAUAGUGGGCACGCAACACUGCCAAAGUAUGCGCAACAUCGACGGGUCAAGAGCAUUAGCGACAUAGAGAUUCCUUCCGUAGGACCCGUCGGUUAAGGGGACCCAAAAGUAGCUCGAUCGAUUUAAUACUCUUUCGGUUUAGUAAUUUCACCCUCCUUUCGUUACUUUUCGAACGUGGAAAUGAGUUGUUUAAAUAUUAAGAAGUCAUAUUCUGACAGACACCAUGAACAGUAGCUUCUCCAAUCAACCCCCUACUGAGGUGUGUGAGUGUCACAUAAGUCACUGAAAACUCGAUUGAAAACUGACCACACGUUCAAAUCCUCAUUGCCACAACCAACCAAGGGCGAAGGGACAAAAAAAAGGAGGCAAAAGAGGAGCCGCGGUUUUUCCCGGCGGGGAAACGAACUGAUGAGGAUGACUUUCGUAACUACUGGUAGCCGAAAUUCCGGUGCAGCUUGCGCGGUUAACCACAAACCCAUCAACGUUUGUCAACGCACCCGGUAUGAAGUUUUGGGGCGUUCGGUGGUUGGUACGCUCAAAACGCUUCCCAGCAAGGGUGCUAACUUCAAUGAUACUAAUGCUGGAGACAGAACGCCCAGAAGUUGACAAUGGGAUGUUACUGUAAUGACAGUUUAAAGUAUUUUUGGUUUAUUAUUUAUUUUUUGUAGAAAAAAGGUCCCCAAUUUUAGCAAUUCUGUAUUGAAACAUUCUUAUAAUGAAUUAAUAAUUUCUAUCUCCUCUCAAAGGUUGCACAGACUGAGUGAAUUAUGAUUGAAUUAUUUUCGAUAACGCACUUUAUACAUUCCAAUUUUAUACAUUCCACACAAUGUUGGUCCCGAGAUUCUCGACCGGGAGCGUCUGGCAGGAUAUAGAGGGUGCUUGACCAAUUUCCACAUUACAUUUCCAUGACUCAGGCUCCUGCCGCCGUCCCUCCUAUUAAUAAGCCGCUGCACUAAUUAGAGCAGCGUGCGUUAAUUCGAAUUUACUGCGUUCGAAUCGAUUUGCGGUUUAUGGUUCAUGGUUUCGGAGUGCAGAUUUCACUAAUGAUAUCCGAUCCGGACCUCAACUCGCUAUCGACCGAAUUUGUCUGCAGCAGGGGUUGUUUUCGAUUUCUGUUCCUCGAUUUUUUUCGUUUCGUUGAUUCUUAUCAUACUGGUGCUAGUUUUAGUUCCCAACUUACAUGGCCGACAGUGUGCAAUCGAAUGUGUAAUCGUAACCUAACAUUAAGCUUUACUUUGGUUUUAGUUAAACCUUUUUGCAAAUUAGAUUUAACGCUCACCGGUUCAAUCCUAUUUAAGCGGUUUUAUUUAUGUGCUACAUAAUGAUAUCAUUUAUCAUUCCGUAAUCGUUAGUUUUGUACGUGAUUUUAAGUCUCGCGGUGGGGGGGGAGCAUUUUUUUCCAAUGGUACAAUUUUUAGUCGAUAGUCUCGCAUCGACCGCAGGACCUUUUCAUUUGCAGGCGGCUAAUGCGUUCGUAAUCAUCAUUACCUGUGCGUUAAAGUGUGUGCGUGUAAGAGUAGUUCGAAAUGGUGGUACGCAUGAUGGCUGUUCAACAUAUCAUUCACCAGAUUGGACAGGCUUCGACGGACGAUACGGAAUAAUACUUUCGAUCCAACCGUAGAUGGUGAUGAUCGAUAGUGGAACUCAAUUUCGCAGAAUCAAAAGACAUCUAGAUUACAGACACCUUUCAUUAUCGUACACCAUCGUUCAAAGAGUGAUUAGAGUUAAACAACCCAACAAGGCGUGUAGCAAGCGAGCGAGAUAAUCAAUACUAAACAGAGAGAGAUAGAAAACUCAAAAGCAAAAUCCAGUAGUAAGAAAAAAGUUUUCACGAUGAUAUCUAAAGUGCUAUUUAUAUUUCAUCACAUUUCAUCGGGCCGUGCGUGUGCGUACGAGAAAAAAAAAACACAAAACAUGUCUUCUCCGAUAAUGAAUAGUAAUGAAAACUACGGCUAGACUAAGUAUGAAUUUAUUGGGCUCAAAAACAAAAAAAAAGAUUAGCAACUAGUAAGCAAGUAUUCAGACGAGAAGCAAGUAUUGAAAAGGAGCACGGAAAACGAGAGGCAAAACACAUCCGACGAUGACCAACGUUGCUGUAUUUAUUGAGAACCAAUUAUAUAUUUUGUAGGCAUAUAAAAAUUAUCACUUAUUGUCACUUAUAAAAUCAAUCACAAUUCUUUCCUAACCAAACCAAAAUCAAUAUGAAACCAAAUUGCAAAUAAAACAGGUUGAAAGUAA